CCCGGCGCGCGCGCAGAGGCUGAGCCAGCCGGUCCGUGGACACGCGACGGGGACGCGGCGCCAGCGCGGUGGCAGGACGAGCGCGGGCGGGACCCCCGGCCGGAGUGCGACCCCCCCCCAUCCCCGCCCCAGGACUGCCCCGCUGCCCCGGUCCAGGCCGCUGGGAGCGGAGGAGGGGUCGCCGGGACGCGGGCGGCCCCAGUGCCCUCCCCAGACGGAGGCGCCUGCUCUCCAUGCCCUGGCCCGGGUCCCGCCCGGGGCCACCUCCGAAGCCUGAGCCGGGGCUGUUUCUCUGGAAAUGGACGUGCCCAGGGCGCCCUCUGGUGGCUCCCGGAGCUGAGCCUCGGUGAGUCCCGGUGGCGAUGGCGGCCUCUGUCCUCGCGCCGCGCCCCAGGCCCUCCCCCGGGAAUGAGACCCUGCACCAGCACUACAACUACGUGGGCAAGCUGGAGGGCAGGCUGAAGGAGGCCCCCGAGGGCAGCACGCUGACCACCGUGCUGUUCCUGGUCAUUUGCAGCUUCAUCGUGCUGGAGAACCUCAUGGUUUUGAUCGCCAUCUGGAGAAACAAUAAGUUCCACAACCGCAUGUACUUUUUCAUCGGCAACCUGGCCCUCUGUGACCUGCUGGCCGGCAUCGCCUACAAGGUCAACAUCCUGAUGUCGGGCAAGCGGACGCUGAGCCUGUCCCCGACGGUCUGGUUCCUGCGGGAAGGAAGCAUGUUUGUGGCCCUCGGGGCGUCCACCUGCAGCCUGCUGGCCAUCGCCAUCGAGCGGCACCUGACGAUGAUCAAGAUGCGGCCGUACGACGCCAACAAGAAGCACCGCGUGUUUCUUCUGAUCGGGAUGUGCUGGCUCAUCGCGCUCUCGCUGGGCGCCUUGCCCAUCCUGGGCUGGAACUGUGUGCACGACCUCCCCGACUGUUCCACCAUUCUGCCCCUCUACUCCAAGAAGUACAUCGCGUUCUGUAUCAGCAUCUUCACGGCCAUCCUGGUGACCAUCGUCAUCCUGUACGCCCGCAUCUACUUCCUGGUGAAGUCCAGCAGCCGCAGGGUGGCCAGCCCCCACAACUCGGAGCGCUCCAUGGCCCUGCUGCGGACCGUGGUCAUCGUGGUGAGCGUGUUCAUCGCCUGCUGGUCCCCACUCUUCAUCCUCUUCCUCGUCGACGUGGCCUGCAGGGUGAAGGAGUGCGCCGUCCUGUUCAAGGCCCAGUGGUUCAUCAUGCUGGCCGUGCUCAACUCCGCCAUGAACCCCGUCAUCUACACGCUGGCCAGCAAGGAGAUGCGGCGGGCUUUCUUCCGGCUGGUCUGCACCUGCCUGGUCCGGGGCCGUGGCGCCCGCUCCUCGCCCACCCAGCCUGCCCUCGAUCCCAGCAGAAGCAAGUCCAGCGGCAGCAACAACAGCAGCCCCUCGCCAAAGAGCAAGGAAGACCCUCCCCAGAGAGUCGCCUCACCCUGCAUCACCGACGGAAACAAAACCCUGCAGAACGGGAUUCUCUGCAAGUGAGAGCGCCUGCCUCCAGGAGCGGGGGAGGGGAGCCCCGCUCUGUGGCCACGGCCGUAUCUGUUGCACGCCUCGCCCCUGGGAGUUCCAGAGAGGGGACUCGGGAAGUCCACUCGCCAGUGGCUUGCCCGGCGUGGGCGUCCCGUGAGGAGGGGGACCCAAGGACCCGCCAGCGUGUGUCACGGCAGGCCGUGCGCUCUGUCCGUCUUGGCUCCAGUCUUCUGAAUGCACCACGCUGCGACAGUAUCUGCCGCCUUCCCCUGAGCCCCCCUGGCUGCUCCCCGCGGGGCCUGGACAGGGAAGGUCGCGGGCCCCACAACGUGCAGGGUGUUUCUCAGAACGUCAUGACGAUGUUUGGUAACUUCACUCUA